AUGGCGAAGUACUUUGAACUCAAAAAAUCAUUUGCCAUGAUUGCCGCCAGGGAACUCUCCUCCAGAGAGAAGCCCUCACCCAAACCUUCCACGAGGCCAUUGACUUUCACAUCAAGAAAGAAACAAAGGUUAAAUUUCAACUUAGACAAACUUUUAGCUACCCUCUCCUCCGUCGCCGCCACUGGCACUACGUUGUUCUACAACACCACAGCCGGUGGCAGCAACACCCCCGACACCGUCUACGGCCUCUUCAAUUGCCGUGGCGUCGUGCCACGUCAGGUGUGCCAAGAUUGCGUUGCGAGGGGAACCAAAGAGUUAUCCUCAAAGUGUGAGUUUGAGAAAGAGGGUAUGCUAUGGCGAGAUCAGUGUUUCGUUCGCUACUCCAACCGCUAUUUCUUCUCAGUAGUGGAGAAAGAACCGAUACUUGGGUUUUUCAACACGAUUAAUGUCACCACCAAUAACAACACGGACUUCAUUACGACACUAGCCAAAACGUUGACCCAAGUGGUAGCAGAGGCAGCCAAUUCUGGAGUCCCUGGUAACAAAAACUUUGCAACCAAAAAGGCAAGUCUUUCCCUUGUUGAGUCUCGGUCGCUGUACACUUGUGCUGAUUGCACAAGCGAUCUGUCCAGCAAAGAUUGCUACGCGUGCCUGCAUGAAGCAAUUAAUUCUAUACCGGGUGUUGUUUGGGAAAGGCUGGGGGAAGAGUUGGGUAUCCUAGCUGCGGAUUAA